AUGGACGUACCGGAAGAUAGCGGCAACCUGCUGAUUGCCGAGGCGCAGCAAAUGGCGGACGAAAAGCGGCUGGAAGGCAACCGCCAUUUCGCAGACGCUGAUUACUCAGGCGCCAUAGAGUUCUACACACAUGCCAUUCAUUUAUUGAGAUGCGCGGUGGAAGCCGACUCCGACGCUGAGAAUGGCGCCGACGAGGGCAGCUACGCGUCGUUGUAUGCGCAAACAAACAUCCACCAGCUGUACACAAACAGGGCACUUUGCCACGUCAGGAUGGAAAAUUAUGGGCUCGCCGUGCUGGAUGCGGACAUAGCCAUUCAGAUGCAGCCUGGCUACUCCAAAGCGUACUACCGACGUGGCUGUGCCUACCUCUGCCUCAUGAAGUUCAAGGAAGCGGAAAAAGACUUCGCCAAGGUCCUGUCUAUACAGAAUGAUGCGCUCACUCGCACCAAGCUCAUGCAAUGCCGUGCGAUGCUAAGGGAGAAGCAAUUCCAGGAGGCCAUCAUGAUCGAGUCGCCACCACCCCUGCACAUGACGAUCGACGUUGAUGCCAUCCGAGUUGACGAUUCCUACACCGGGCCGAGGUACACGCCUGAAAUAACCGAAAAAGCGGCGUUUUACAAUGAGGUCCUCGAUUAUAUCAAGGUCCCUGGAAACAUUCUGCAUCGUAAGUACAUGAUGAUGCUAAUUCUUGACGUUAUACGGAUACUCAAGAAGUACGACUCCGUGGUCGACCUGUCGCUGAGCGCCGACGAAGAGAUCACUAUUUGCGGUGACAUUCACGGCCAAUUCUACGAUCUGCUCAAUAUAUUCAAGAUCAACGGGCUCCCCAGCGAAACCAACGGCUACCUCUUCAACGGAGAUUUUGUGGACAGGGGGUCCUUCUCGGUCGAGUGCGCCAUUGCCCUUUUCCUGGCGAAGGUCUUGUACCCCACCAAAUUCUACAUAACUAGGGGCAACCACGAGACAGAGGCGCUCAACAAGUGCUACGGCUUCAAAGGCGAAGUUUUGAGCAAGUAUGACGAAAAGGUGUACAAUCUAUUCUGUGAGUGCUUCUGCUAUCUGCCACUCGGCUACGUCAUCAACAAAAAGGUGAUGAUAGUGCACGGCGGGCUCUUUGGCGAAGACGGCGUCACGCUUGAUCAGCUGAAGAACGUGGACCGCGUGCGCGAACCACCGGACCAGGGGCACAUGACCGAUAUGCUAUGGUCUGACCCGAAACCAACGACAGGCAGGUCACCGUCUAAGCGCGGCGUAGCGUGCGAGUUCGGACCAGAUGUCACCGCCAACUUCCUCAAAGCAAACGGCCUAGAGCUAUUGAUCAGGUCGCACGAGGUUAAACAAGAGGGAUACGAGACCGAACACAACGGACAGGUGAUAACCAUCUUCAGCGCCCCCAACUACUGCGAUCAGAUGGGAAACAAGGGCGCCUUCAUUAGGAUGAACGGCAAAGACUGCAAGCCCGUAUUCACGCAGUUCGACGCAGUUGAACACCCCCCGGUAAAGGCGAUGCAAUACGCCAAUCCGCUGUUCAACGGCAUUUACUGA